AUGGGGAGAAAUAUUGGUUCGGCAUUUAGACAAGAGUUGACUAAUCUUGACAAAGAUCCAGAUUCUCACAAGACUACAAUGAGCAAUUUGAGAUCUAUUGUGAAAGAUUUGGAUCCAAAAGUGAUACAUGUGUUUGUUGAUCAACUCUCUGAGACCAAAGAGAUUGGUUCUGAGUCUGGUGGCUACACGGUUUCUCUAUUCGAAGACCUUGCUCGUGCUCAUGGAGUGAAAAUUGCUCCUCAUGUUGAAAUGAUCAUGCCGGUUAUCAUAAGGACAUUGAGUUCUAGUGAAGGGUCAUUAAGUGUUCAACAGGCUUGCUCAAAGGCUGUAGCUGCUAUUGCUAGGUAUGGAAUUGAUCCUGCAACACCGGAAGUGAAGAAAAGGAAUGUGAUUCACUCUCUUUGUAAGCCACUCUCUGAUUCUCUUCUUGAUUCGCAACAUCAACAGCAUCUUGCUUUGGGAUCUGCUCUUUGUUUGAAGUCACUUGUGGAUUGCGAUAACUGGCGGUAUGCUACUGAUGAAAUGGUUAAUAAUGUUUGUCAAAGCUUAGCUGUUGCUCUUGAAGCCACUUCAAGUGAAGCUAAUUCUCAUAUGGCACUUGUUAUGGCACUUGCUAAGCACAAUUCUUUUAUUGUUGAGGCGUAUGCACGGCUUUUCGUGAAGUCGGGGCUGAGGAUUCUUGAUUUAGGUGUUGUUGAGGGAGCUUCUCAGAAACGGCUUAUAGCUAUACAGAUGCUCAACUUUCUGAUGAAGAAUUUGGAUCCCAAGAGCAUUUGUUCUGAGCUGGAGCUUAUAUUCCAAGAGGUGGAGAAACACCAGAAAGAUGAGACGUAUUAUGUCAAAAUGGCAGCUUAUGAAACCAUGAUAACAGCAGAGAGAUUAUUAGGAGAGCCAGAUCAAAUGUUCAAUGCAGAGAAGUGCAAGACCCGACACUCGCGCAGCGGAUCAAUCAAGUCUACACCGAAUCUGAGGUCACAUGACCACUGGAGUGUUAACAGUAGACAUCAUGAGCGUUUUGUAAAUGAUCAAGAAGAUGAUGAUGUUCUGUUUUCUGGUGUGGCUAGCGGAAGAACUAUCGUCUCGGGCUCUCCUUUGGUGACUUACGAAGACUAUAAACAAGAAACAGGUUCUGUGGUCGAGAGUCCAAGAAAUGGAAAUCAGAUUCAAUGGCGUGGUGUUGAAGAUGAUAACAUAGAGUCAGCUUGGUUUCAUCAGAGGAAUAGAAGCUCUGAGUUUAACGAAUCUGUGUGCUCUAGGACCAACCGCUCAAGAAGUUCAAGACGAAACACGAAGAAGAGACAAUCAGGAGACAUCUAUUCAAACUAUCACAGGCACGGUUUUGCACAAGAUCCAUUCAAUGAGCUACUAGAGAACAGACAGCAACUGCAACAGCACAGUGAGAGCUCAUCAUCAUCAUCAAUAUAUGAUACAUCUGGUACUACUACUCCAACCAAUACAACAGAAGAUAUUAGAUGUGAGAAACCGAAGUCAGACUUGGAUUCUGAGGCCAAACUUAAGCCAGGAGAAACUGAAACAGAAUCACCGAGACAGGUUAGGAGCAAGCGUGUGAUUAGGUGUGGAUUGAGUUUCUUCUCUAUUGCAGUUGCAGGGUUUGCUUCUUUCGUGUGGAUGUAUCUGCAAGAUGAUAUGAUGCCUCCUCAUCUUGUUCCUACUUGA